AUGCGCCACCACCACCGCAGCCAAACUUCCAAACUUUCAGGGGUGAAUACGAUACGAUACAUCAAGUUAACUGCACAGGCUUAUGGGAACUCUGCUCCCAAGAUCACACAGAACUGCAUUCUUAAUGCUUACGUGCGCCUUUUCCGCGGUUGCCCACUUCAGAAUGAAAGCGAAGGCCGUGCAGAGCCUACAAACCCUACGUCAUCUGUCCCCAGUUCCAGGGUCAUCUUCAGCCUUCCCCCUGGUAAUCCUCCAGUGUUUAAUCCAGCCACACCGGCAUCCUUGCUACUUCUUCCAUCAGAAAUCCACAGAUUAGUGCUUAGCAGAGGACUCGGUACUUUCCUUCUCGGUCUCUGCCUCUCCACCCCCUGCGCCCCCAUCUCCCGAGACCCCUGGGGCCACGGUGGACUACAACUCCCGGCGUGCCGCGCGCGCCCGGCGUUUCUCUGGGCUCCGCGCGUGGCGGCCACCGAGCGGCUGGGCGGGAGCAGAAACUUUCCCCUCUGUCCCCCGAGUCACCGCGAGUUGCUUAACCGACCGCUGGCCAGGAGGACGCCCGUCCUUUGCCCUGGAGACGCCCUUCGGGACGCGUGCAGCCCUGCCCUCGGGGACGUCGGUGCAGCACGGGACCAGGCAGAAGGUUCCUACAGUACAGCCUGGCUUUCCUGGGCCGCCUGUGCUUCCUGGAGUUCCAUGGAAAAUGGAAGGCCUCCCGAUCCUGCAGACUGGGCUGUGAUGGACGUCGUCAAUUAUUUCCGAACAGCAGGAUUUGAGGAGCAAGCCAGUGCUUUCCAGGAACAGGAAAUUGAUGGAAAAUCCCUGCUCUUGAUGACAAGAAAUGACGUGUUGACAGGACUUCAGUUAAAAUUGGGGCCCGCUCUGAAAAUCUAUGAGUAUCAUGUUAAACCUCUUCAGACCAAGCAUUUAAAGAACAGCUCUUCAUAGUAAAGUGAAACUGAGAUGUCAGUCCUCAAAACAAAAUACACAACGAUGUCAUUUAGUUUCAUGUUGUGAGACUUCACAAACAAACUACAUACAUACAUGUGUAUAUGUAAAGAAUUUCAAUCCAACAAAGUGUUAUCCUAUUGGAUAGACUAGGCAGUCCAUCAGCUGGCUGACUCAGCGGGAGGAGCAAAGACAGAAUGUAUGUAAGAUAGUUGUCCUUGUCAAAACAAGACAUCAUUGGCUCUGAGGUACCCUUCCCCUGGGGAGCUUUGAAAUCACAAGAAUUUUCUUUCUUUCCUAAUAGUUUGUUUUCCACCAACUCCUUAAAAACAAGGAUGGCUGUAGAAUGAGUGGUUUGGGUUGGAGACUUAGAAAUGAGAGCAAACAAAACUCCGUGGGGAGGGGAGGAGAGGGAGGGAGUGCUGCCUCCCUUGAGUUGCUCUGCUCUAGACGUCUGUUCCAUGGAUGGAAUUGCCAACACCCUUUUUUUGUAGAGGGUUCUCCACUUGACCUUCUUAAGGUUUCACAGAAACGUUCUGUGCUGUGUGUGAUGCGAACAUGCAGCAGGCUCCCUUUUGGAGCAGAACUCUCUCUGCGAAGAGAGACAUGCUAUGCACUGGAGACAUCCUUGUAAUCUACUCACUGUCACGGGGGCGGGGGGGUGGCUGGGGUGUGUAUUUCCUGCUUAUGUUGGUUCUUUGUUGCUGAAGAAAACAUUUAGGGGCUUUGGGGUUUUUUUGUUUGUUUGUUUGGUUGGUUUUGCUUUUUACUUUAUGGUUUGUAUUUAUAAUUUCUUUCUGAAGCGAUUUGCCAAGAGUUAAUAGAUCCCAAAGCUUUGUUAAUAGCACAGAAUAUUUUUAUAUACAUAUAUAUUCCUCCAUGAUUCUGUAAUAUUUUUUUAAUUGUCCUAUGCUGUGUUGGUCCCUGGUUUGAGUACUUGUCUUUCAGAACUUGAAAAAGUGAGCUUGCUACAUCUCUGUUCAAAGAGACACUUAGAGUGAUGUUUGUCCAUACUUGUUGAGUGAUGCUUUGUGAUUGCAAUAAAACACUGCUUCAGUU